GGGGGCGGGGCCUAGCGAAGAAGUACAUAAGGCGGGCGCAGGGCGCCCCCCCAGUCACUUCGCGCGUUAGGAGACUCGGGUCGUUGUGCUGUGCCGUCUUCCCGCCUGCGUCAGGGACCUGCCCGACUCAGUGGCCGCCAUGGCAUCAGAUGAAGGCAAGCUUUUCGUCGGAGGGCUGAGUUUUGACACCAACGAGCAGUCACUGGAGCAGGUCUUCUCAAAAUAUGGACAGAUCUCAGAAGUGGUGGUCGUGAAGGACAGGGAGACCCAGCGAUCGAGGGGCUUUGGGUUUGUCACCUUUGAGAACAUCGACGAUGCCAAGGACGCCAUGAUGGCCAUGAACGGGAAGUCUGUGGAUGGGCGGCAGAUCCGGGUCGACCAGGCUGGCAAAUCGUCUGAUAACCGAUCCCGCGGGUACCGAGGUGGCUCUGUCGGGGGCCGGGGCUUCUUCCGCGGGGGCCGAGGUCGGGGCCGUGGGUUCUCCAGAGGAGGAGGGGACCGCGGCUACGGGGGGAGCCGGUUCGAGUCCAGGAGUGGGGGCUAUGGAGGCUCCAGAGACUACUACAGCAGCCGGAGUCAGAGUGGCAGCUGCGGUGACCGGAGCUCGGGCGGGUCCUACAGAGAUAGCUACGACAGUUACGCUACACACAACGAGUAAAAAUCCUUCCUGCUCGAGAUCGUCCUUCCAAUGGCCGUAUAUUUAAAGAUUUUGGGAGCUCCGCUGAAUCGUUAAUGUGUAGUGAUCACACCUCCUUGUACCCACUUUUGUAGUCUUAUUGGUUCUGAUCUUGUCAAACACAGCCUGACUGCUUCUGGCCCCCAGAUGGCCUCGUUACUACACUUUGCUUUUUAAGGAAGCGCUGUCUGUUUUUAAGAGUCUUAAAAACGUUUUGAAGAGCACUUCCAGUUUUACCUUUUUACCGUGAGCCAAGAGUUCUUUUUUUAGAAAAUCACCAGGGGUUGUGAGAGUUUUGUUUUUUUGUUUUGGUUGUGUUGCUUUUUUCUUUUUCUUUUCAGUGGGGUUGGCCCCAUGAAUUUGGGUGCCCCGAGUCACUUCUCUUUGAGAUUGAACAGACUCUGAAUCUGCUCUUUGUCGGAAGCUGAGCAAGUUGUAGCUUUUUUCCAACUCGGUGUCACGUUUCUGAGUGUAGCGUGGUAGAACCGUGCGGGUGGCAGCAGAGCACCCGGGCUGCCCUGGCCCGGCCCGGGCGCCCACCUGUCGUGUGGGACCCACAGUAGACUUGCAGACAUCCCCGAGAGGUUCUUGAAAAUGUGUAUUUAUAUUGUCCUUUUUUGCCGGAAGACGUACGCAUAUCCCGUCAAUGUUGUAUCUGAAGUGGUGAAGGAAUUCUUGUACGCAGUUUUCUUUGGCUUCACGAAGCCGAUUAAAAGACCAUCUGAAUGAACCUC